UCACGAAGCAUCUCCACGUUGGAGCGGUCAAAUUUUUUCGCACCUGAUUUCGACUCCAUUUUUGGGAACGCUGGAGUUCUUGCCGCGAAGCGAGGGCUGAGUACCGUGCCAUAAGGCGAAGAGGUCAUCCAAACGAGCGUGGAGAUGGUUCAUUAUGGACGCUUACCAGCAAAGAUGUUGGAUUUGGGAUUUGAGCAGCCCAUCCUCACCGAUGCGACGAGCUCUUUUACCCACGGUGCGAUUACGCCUGGACGUAGUCUUCAGUCACUAUGCGACCAACGCCGCAGCAGCGAACGGCUUUACGAUGCGCAAGGAGCUGGCUGCACAGCACAAGAAUCUUUACCUUACCUUCAUAAAUGAUGAGAAGAAGCCCAAAGCCGUCGAGAAUGGGUUUGGGGUCUGGCUUGUCGAAGCGAAAAGGCUGGCUUGGCGGUGCUAUUACGCUGAGAACCAAGGCGCAUACAUUAUCCCUUCUUUGCGAUUCCUUAAAGUACGGUUGUUGCGUUGGGCAACCGAGCCCGCGAGUAGGAAGCCUAAUGACAAUGCUUCAUUUGCAGUCAUUCGUCUGACGCAAGCACUAGAUGCCAAGUUCGGUAGCGUGGUUGAAUCCGAUCAUCUUCAAAGCAUGGAUCGUAUUCCCUUCAUUACAGAUCGUGCUUUGAGACGCUGUUGACGUUCACCCUAUUUGGCCUGCUAGCCUACCGAGCCUGGGGCCGCCGAUUCCUCCUCGCUCAUCUGAACGUAUGCUCGUUAGUUUUUGCAUCCCAUGCUGGUCCGACACUGGAACAAUUCGUGAUGUGCGGCUCUACAAGCACAUGGUCCCCCUGAAUCGAUCAUCAAGAAGAGCACUCGGCCUGGAAGAAGGAUGGGGCCCGAUUUGAACGUCACGGGCCACUGUAAGAGGCGAGGUCAGCUAUAUCACCACCCCAAUUGUUUACAGUGCGGCAGCACGCGUAAUGCUACAGCAACGGGAUA